CAUCGCCAGACCACCAACGCUGCCGCAACUACCUGUUCGUCAACAUGGCUGACAACACCAAGUACUAUGAGCUCUACCGCCGAAGCAGUCUGGGCGGCGCCCUCACAGACACGCUGGAUAACCUCAUCACCGAACGUCGGAUUGAACCCCAGCUCGCCAUGAAGAUCCUCAUCAACUUUGACAAAGCGGUUGCCGACGUACUCUCGGAUAGGGUUAAGUCGCGGUUGACGUUCAAGGGUCAUCUCGACACAUACCGCUUCUGCGACGAUGUCUGGACCUUUAUCAUCAAGGACAUCAACUUCAAACUCGACAAUACAAACCAAGUACACGCCGACCGUGUCAAGAUCGUCAGCUGUAACGCGAAGCGCCCUGGCGAGGCCUAGAGCUAAGCCUUUAGCCUUGCAUGUCCUUCAUAGUUACUACAGAGAUAUUCAGGCAAAUCAGGCGCGGCCAGAGCUCUGGUAGAAGAGACUUGGAUGGCGUCAAAAAAGAAGGCGCGCAACGUUGGAAAAAAGGUCCAGCUCCCGGCUCUGGCAGCACAAAGCGGUGGCUUGCUUCAUCAGUACAUUCGAAUUCAGGUCAAUGGGUUUCACAGAAUUCUUGCUUAUUAUGUUCAUGGGCGUUAUGGGACAGAUGGGGCACUCACGAUACCUUUGGCAUGAACUGGAGUUCAGGUAUGGAAUAAAGAGAUGCGUUAAGCGCAGUGCUUGAUAGACUGUAAUAUUUUUGGGAAAUGCUUCUAUGAAAUAAGAACGCUCGUCUGCCUUGCAAGACAAAUGAAAUGUGAUGCUUAGUGCUUGGAGGUGAUGCUGAGCGAGUUCUUACCAAUGUGUAC